UUUUAUGUGGUUAAAACUUAAUCAAAGCAAUUAAAAUAUUGUAAAUUAACUUUCUUUGUAAUAACACCUUCCAUAAUACGGAUUUAUCGCGUUAAUUUAAUUUAAAACUACUAAUAAUAAUGAUCUGAGGAGGAAACGGAACGCUGUGUCUCCCUGUGUCUCCCUCUAAGUCCUCCGUGUGGAAACAACAUCCUCCUCCCCGCUGUCAUUCGUCCACGACAAACCCGUGGAGUGGAGCAGCCGGGAGCCGCAUGUAAAUCAACACCUCCUCCUCCGUCGUUGUCACCCGAGGAGGGUUUUACAGACCAGCCGUCCCGUCGAGCUCGCUUUGAGUAGAAAUUAAAUUUAAAACAAACAAACCAAAAAAAAAAAAAAAAAAAAAAGCAAAUGUACAUAUACGCGGAGAGAGAUUAAACUGGAGGAGUUUGGAGGAGACGCUGCUCGCUGAUCGCUGCCUUGUGGCGCUGCCGAUUCUCGCUACAACACGUGUUGAGAAGAAGCGCCUCUCUGCCGCCCCCUGCUGACCAUGCAGAGUCUGAGCGCCGUGCUCCUGGCGCUCGCCGCCGCCGCCGCCGCCUUCAGCUCGGCCGACUCCGACACGCACAGACCGAGACACGACUCCAACCUGGAGAUCUACAAGCGGCUGUUUGAGACCAAGAGGAAAGAUCAGCUGAACGCACUCAAGAAUCUGGUGGAGCUGAAUGACAUCAACCAGCAGUACAAGAUCAUAGACAUCAUGCUCAAAGGCCUCUUCAAGGUGUUGGAGGACUCCAGACAGAUCCUGGUGGCGGCCAACAUGCAGCCUGAUGACCCCUUCCCCAUGGACGAUAAGAUCAAAGAAGCUUAUUCCCACGUGGUGGAGAACACGGCGUUCUUCGGCGACGUGGCGCUGCGUUUCCCUCGCAUCGUCCACCACUACUACGACCGCAACUCCGACUGGGGCGGCCUGCUGCGCUGGGGCUUACACUUCUGUAACCAGACGGGGGUUUUCACCGGAGGAGCCCACCAACAUGUCCUCACACUCAUGUCACAGGAGCUGGGAAUAACGGAGAAAUCCCCAGACUUUAUAAACCCGUACCGCACAGAGAGAGACGAUGUGCUCCACACGGCCGAGGCUUUCCAGAAGAUCCUGAGGGAGGAGGAGAAGAGGCGGAGGAAGGAGGAGAAGAGGAAAGAGAUCAGGAAAGGCCCUCGCAUCUCUCGCUCUCGCACCGAGCUAUAGCGCCGCAGCGUCCGGCCGCGGGAGGAGAAACGGGCUGACGAGGUCCACGCUGAGGAGGAGGCUGGACCCGAACACACUCUGAUGACAGAACAUUAAAACGCUGCCGUCACCUGGUGCUCUGCUGAAAAAAACGAGAAAGAGCGACCUCGACAAAAUUUAAGAGGAGGGUCCGACUUGAAAUCGCUGCGCGGGGAACGGUGUUUUAUGAUUUGGAAAGGUGGUGUCGUCUCUGGGGGAGGAAAUAAAAAAACAAAACAAAAAAAACAAAAAACAAAAGGGAAACCGAGGGAGACUUUUUUGAUAAGGAUGAAAAACUGAACUUUGGAAUAUAGUUGCUUUUAGUAUAAUCAAUUUUCUUCUAAACUAUCGUGUCUGGUCUAGAUUUAACGUGUCUUCAUGUGCUUAAAAACGGUUGCAGGAUAGAAAUCGUCCAUUUAGUUGGUGGGUGAAUUUCUAAAGGGAUGUUUUAGGCUUUCGUCGCUCCUCACAAUUUAUUUUCCUUUUUACAUAUUGGCAAUCUUUCCAAAACCACUAUUCCCCCUUUUAUUCUUGUCGUCACACUAAUUAAUUAAUGAAUUAAUAGGACAAAUACAGUAUGUGCCCUUUCCUCCUGCAGCCCCCGUGUCUUUGUUAAUUUUAUUAUAAUCUUUGCUGGAAAUUGACAUAUUUAGAUCUACGGAACUGAGAUUGAUGUAAUUUUAAAAAUAAAGUAUCAUGACUGUUAUCAGAAAUAUAAAUAUAUAUAUAUAUAUGUAUAUCCAGAGGAAGAAAAUCACUGCUGCAGAAUGAACAAGCCAUUUUGUUAAUGAAAUAAAGUGACUCUGAUAAUUA